AGUGGACGGUAGAUACUUCAUUUCAUAGGGUCAAAAUUUUGAUUCAGUGGCUCUGUCCAUCCGUUCAUUCUUCAACUUCAACUCAACUCAACUACUUUCCAUUGCAUAGUGCAUUUGGAUCCCUUCCGAUGGCACAAGUACUGCAAAACAAGCAGGUUUUAUUCAAAGGCUACAUAGAUGGUGUCCCUAAUGAAACCGAUAUGGAACUCAAGGUUUCAAAAAUUGAGCUCAACCCUCCCCCACAAGGUUCACAAGCUAUUCUCGUCAAGAACCUUUAUCUCUCUUGCGAUCCAUUCAUGCGCGGUCGCAUGCGUGAUUUCCAUGGAUCAUACAUCCCCCCUUUCGUUCCCGGUCAGGCCCUUGAAGGAUUUGGGGUGUCUAAGGUUAUACAUUCUGAUAACCCAAAUUACAAGCCUGGUGAUUUCAUCACCGGCUUCACUGGCUGGGAAGAAUACAGCCUCAUCCGAAGAACAGAGCAGUUGAGAAAAAUUCACCCAGAUGAUGCCAUUCCUCUCUCCUUCCAUGUUGGUCUUCUUGGAAUGCCAGGUUUUACUGCUUAUGCAGGAUUUUAUGAGGUCUGCUCCCCAAGCAAAGGAGAAUAUGUUUUUGUGUCUGCAGCAUCUGGUGCCGUAGGUCAGCUAGUAGGCCAACUUGCUAAGUUGUAUGGUUGCUAUGUAGUUGGAAGUGCUGGGUCGAAGGAAAAGGUUGACCUUCUAAAGAACAAGCUUGGAUUCGAUGAAGCUUUUAAUUACAAGGAAGAAUUAGACUUAAAUGCAACUCUACAAAGGUACUUUCCGCAAGGCAUUGACAUCUACUUUGACAAUGUGGGUGGGGACAUGCUCGAUGCUGCACUCCUUAACAUGAGGGCUCAUGGUAGAAUUGCAGUUUGUGGGGCAGUGUCUCAGCAAAGCCUUUCCAAACCCAAAGGGAUAUACAAUAUAUACAACCUCAUCAUAAAGCACAUCAAAAUGGAGGGUUUUUUGCAAAGUGAUUACUUGCACCUAUACCCUCGCUUUUUGGAAGAGGUUUCAAGUUACUACAAGCAGGGAAAGAUUGUGUAUAUUGAAGACAUGAAUGAAGGCUUGGAAAGUGGUCCAGCUGCUUUCGUUGGGCUUUUCCAUGGCAAGAACGUUGGUAAGCAAGUCAUUCGCGUUGCCCAUGAAUGAUUUUUUCAGUGUUUUACCAGCUGAAACUUUAUAUGUUUUAAACAUAUUCGGUUGAGUUUUAUUGGAUAUACUAGAACUGCAGCAUGGUUUACUUUCUCA